GCGAAAUGAAAUGGACUAUGAGAGGAAAGACAACACAGGCACAGCUCAUAGCAUUUAGUGCUCACUGAUCAAAAUUCAAAACCCUAGUAAAAAAUUUCAAAAGCCCACCAGGCACCAGUGACUGAACAGCCUGUGCAUCGGUGUACGGUGUCUGUGGGCACCAAAACUCUAUCAAAAAAACACUCUUGUUUUAUGUGCAAUGGCUUUUACCCUGAAAUCAACACCAACUAGCUUCGUCCACCUCAAGAAGCCGGAGACCCAUCUCUUUCUUCGAUUCGCCUCCUGCAAAUCUACUGUUGUUUCAACCAGAAGAUUCGCUCCAAUGGCUGCGCUGACGAUAGCCCCUACACUUGGUGUAUCUGACACGUUCUCCAAUCUGAGAAAACAAGGCAAAGUCGCAUUCAUUCCAUAUAUCACAGCUGGUGACCCUGACCUUUCAACCACAGCAGAAGCCUUGAAGGUGCUGGAUUCCUGUGGAUCUGACAUAAUUGAACUGGGUGUUCCUUACUCUGAUCCGCUGGCAGAUGGUCCAGUUAUUCAGGCAGCAGCUACUCGUUCCUUGGCAAGAGGGACCAAUUUUGAUGCAAUAACAUCAAUGUUGAAGGAGGUGGCUCCACAAUUAACCUGUCCAAUUGCUUUAUUUACAUAUUACAACCCAAUAUUAAAGCGUGGAAUUGAGAAGUUUAUGUUCACUGUAAAAGAUAGCGGUGUAAAAGGACUUGUUGUCCCAGAUGUACCUCUAGAGGAAUCUGAACUUUUGAGGAAGGAAGCCUUCAAGAAUAAUAUUGAACUGGUACUUCUUACAACACCAACUACUCCUGUAGAAAGAAUGAAAGCCAUUGUUGAAGCAUCAGAGGGAUUUGUGUAUCUUGUGAGCUCAGUUGGAGUUACUGGUGCCCGUGCAUCUGUAAGUGAUCGAGUACAAACUCUUCUGCAGGACAUUAAAGAGGCAACAACUAAGCCUGUAGCAGUUGGCUUUGGCAUAUCAAAACCUGAGCAUGUGAAACAGGUAGCAAGAUGGGGUGCUGAUGGUGUCAUUGUUGGUAGUGCUAUGGUAAAAUUGUUGGGUGAAGCAAAAUCUCCAGAGGAAGGGUUGAAGGAACUAGAAAAUUUAGCCAAAUCGUUGAAGUCUGCACUUCCUUGAAUAGAAAUUUAUGUGAUUAAAUCUAAGUUUGUGAUUCUUCUUUUCAACAGUAGCAUAAAUAUUAAUUAAACAAGAAUACUUUUUAUUUUUAGUUAAAACAUGUAUGAUUUUGUUUGAUA